AUGAAGGAGCCGCCGGUGGCGGCCGAGGAGGAGGUGUUGCGGGACUACCUCUCCUACUACGCGGCCCGCGGGGUGGAGGGGGAGCUGGCGGUGUGCGACGAGGCCUCCUUGAAGGCGAGGGCGCGACGGCUGCUGGGCCCGCGGCGGCGCGGCGCCCUGGACGUGUGUAGCGUGGCGGAGCGGUGCCGGCGGGCCCGGGGCGAGCGGGGCGGCAGCGUCUUCCGCGACCUGCUCAAAGCGCUGGAGGUGCUGGAGCUGCUCUGCGUCAACCUGCUCCUCUGCCCGUGGCGGAAGGAGAUCAGGUCGCUGAAGACAUUCACCGGUAAUUUUGUCUACUAUAUUCAAUCUGUGCUCCCAGAUGACAUUGUAAAAACAGUACUGGAGAAAAUAGGUUACAUUGCAACAACAGCAACAGAGUUUUCACUUGUCAAAAAGAGAAACAAUGAGGAAACAAAGCAGACUGCAUUUGAAAUAUUCCUGGCAAGAAUUGAGUGUGAAACCAUUCUCGAAAUAACAAAUGAAGAAAAACAUGGCAAUUUGGAGAAGACCCUACAGAAGAGAACACAAAUGCACUGGCAUCAUGGAGAUAAGGACAAAGACGAUCAGACACCCCAGAGAGAAGACGCUGAAAAUCUAGAAAAUAAAGAAAACAGUGAGACAUCUUUGUGCCUUGCUACCCAACAGAAGUCUUCACCUAAUAGCAAUAUAUCCUUUGAAGCUGCUGGGAAUCUGAAGAUCAAAGAUGACAUGCCUCAGUUAGCAGUUACGCAGUCCACUAACAGGCUUCAGGAACACCAAAGGCAAGUCAUUAACACCGUACAUUUUCCGGGCAAAUGCUCAGACAGCGAAGACUUCUUGAUCAAAUAUAGUGACAUUGUCAUAAGACAAACACCUAUUUUCAGUGAGAACCUUUCUCCAAAAGCUUUUGAAAAAAAGCCAAGAGCCAGUCUAAGUGAAGAAUGUGUUUUGGCAGUCGCUGCAGAGUCAACUGCAAAUGAGAUCAGGCCUGUGCCACUCUCACCAGGAGCAAGCGGUCCGCCAGCCUUUGCAAUAUUUGCUGACAGCUCUUGUGACAGCAAAAACGCUUUGGAGUACAAAGCUCAAGAAGUCCCUGAAGAAUCAAUUGAAGCAGAAAUUAACGAUGCCAUAAAUUGCGUAGACCCCCACCCUGCAGAUGAACCCAAUGAGCUGAAGUCUCUCCCAUACAAGGACAUUGCAUCUGUCCAAAACUGCAGUGUCCCUAGGGAGAAGGAAGUUUGUGAGCUGUCUUUAACCUUCACAAAACUACAAAUCAAGGACACUCAGGAAGACCUUAUGUAUCCAGUAGAGGAAACUGGCCAACCUGAGUCAGUAUCAUAUGCAAGUACAACUGACAGGCAUGUAAGAGAAUUUAAUCACUCCAAAAUAAAACAUACAUAUCUGACUAAUGAUCAGAUGCAGAACAGAGCAGCUGCAUGUAUUGAGCCAUCCUCAGAUCUAGGCUAUACUACUGGGAACACGGAGGAUUCCACUACUGGUUCUGAUAGCAAGAGACUAUUAAUGGAUACUCCUAAUGCACAUACAGCUGCUGAGUACUUCAGACUCAUUAGAGAGCCUCCUAACCUCACCUACAUUCCACCACAAAGUAUUGAUGUGCGGUCUUCACGCAUAAGAAUUACCAGCGCACAGGGCAGAAGGAACCUCUUGCAGCCUGAACAUGACUCUCCCAAAUCCAGUGAAGUAAAACUGGAGAACUAUAAUUCAAAAGUAAAUGAAAUCCAGGAGCCUUAUGUCAUUAUUGACAAAACCGACCAAGGACUGUUAUGUCAUCACACUUGAUUCUACCACUGCUUUAUUUGUAAUCUGCCUGGGUUUCUUCCUCUCACUUGUGGCCUUGAUCAUCUUUUCAAGGAGAUGACUAGCUUUGUCAAAACAGUUUAAAAAAAAACAAAACAAAAACCCCAAAAAAACCACUUUGGACAGUAAAAAAGGGAAGUAGUUGCGCAAAUUCUUAAUGGCCCCUUCUCAUCUGGAACCUUUGGCGCUGAAACCUGAAUGGUCACCUUUCUAAAGCAUAGGCAACUUCCAUAAAUUUAAAUCCAUGUAAUUCAUUACCCAGAUUCCUUCUGGCUGUACUUAAUGCCAGACAGGUUUCUUCAGUUAAGCAUACUUCUACUUUUUUCCUCUUUUUUUUUUUUUUUUGUUUUGUUUUGCUUUACAGACCUAUUCUGGAGUAUUCUUGGAUAUAGCAUGCUGUACAAUGAUAGAAACAGGUAAAUGUUUCUAAACUGGAAGACUCAACAUUAUAACUUUACAAAUGCUAUACUGGAGUGUACUUCUGUUAACUCAUGACAUUCCUAUGAAGCUGUGCUCCGAGUUAAUCUUGCUCUUGUUAUUAGUUGAAAGUAAGUUUAGAAAGUUUGAUAACAUUCCUUUAGGUGUAAAGAAGGAAACAGCCCUGUGGACACUUCUAGUUUUAUUUUUGCAUUAAGAGUAACAGUUUAGAUCUUAUAGAGGCAAUAACCUGUAUUACAGGUUUUAUACCUGUCUCCACUUGUUAGCAAAAUUGUGGCUACCACCACAAAUUUCAAGAGAAGCACUGAGCAUUGCAAUCAUUCACUGCUACCAGAAGAGGGAGAUCCAGCUACUGCUGCCAUUUCCCUUGCCCCUGUUCCUGCCACUUAACUCUGCACCAGCUCUGGAGUUCACUGGACUUUUCUGUAAGCCAGUUCAUCUCACUAAAAUGAAGGGAAAAAACUGCCAUUCUCUGCCAUUUUAGUGGCAGGAAAAAAAUCAGAUCAGAGAAGGGUCCCAGUGAGCAUUAGAGCCAGGAUAAGGGAUAUCCUGUAGGUGGGAGCACUGUGUGAAAAGCAUUGUGCUGAGAAGGAAAGGGAGCAGAACUGUUAGAUCAGGUCAGCUGGAGUCCCAGCAUUGAGAACCUCUGGUCAUACACAACAUUUAAUUAAAAUUUAGAAAAGUACACAGUCACUGGAACUGUAUUUCAGCACAAGCUUCAGUGCUUUUUUUAUACACUUUACCUAGAAAGACAGUUUAAUACUGCUUCAAGUAACUUUUCCAGUAGCACUUCAAUGCUAAGAAUGUUUUGUUGUUUCAUGUAUAGUUAAAAUAUUAGCUGAAAUUAAUUUAGUGUAAGUUGUUUAUAAUUUACUUUUAUCCCCCAGAAAUUCAAAGAGGAGCACAUGGAUUACACUAGAAAAACCUCAGGAGCUAAAAUGUAAAGAUUUGCUUUUUGAACAACUAAUUGUUGAAGUCCUGUCAUCACCCGAUUCUAGCAGUGUAGGAGGAAUACAACUUUUGACCAGCUAACGUCAAGUGACAGGACUGCCUUCAGCUUUGGGUGGGGUUGGGAGAAACAGAUAUUAUGAAUAUGCACACACACAUUAAUACUUCUGUACUGGGUCUGGCUAGAAUUCAGAUAACUUUCUUAAUAGCAGCCCCUGGGGUGGUAUGUUUGGGCUUUGUGGCUAAAAUUGUUGAUAAUACAUCAGUGUUUUGGCUAUUGCUGAGCAGUGCUUGCACAGUGUCACAGCUUUCUUUUUUUCUAACUAUACCCCCUACCCCCCAAUGAGUAACUGGGAGAGGACACAGCUGGGACAGCUGACCUGAACUGGCCACAGGGAUAUACCAUACCACGUAACAUCAUGCUCGGCUUAAACUGGGGUUGCAGAAGAAGGUGGGGUUUUUUGUCUACCAAGGUGGCCAUUGCUCAGAGACUGGCUGAGCAUCGGUCUGCUUGUGGGAGAUGCUAAGUUACUGCCAUUGCAUCACUUGUUUUUUUCCACCUCUUUCCUUCACUUAUUAAACCUCUGUCUCAACCCAAAAGCUCUCUCGAUUUUCCUAUUGCUAUUCUCCCCUCUCCUGCUGGGGAAGAGGGGAGCGAGCAGCCAUGUAGGUGCUUAGCUGCUGGCUGGGUCAACCCACCACCACCUCUUUGUUCUUCUUUCAACUACCUAUCUGUUCUCCUAACCAUUUUGGUUUUGAUAAGCUGUAUUUUCCCCCUGUGGGGGUUAUUAAAGUUACGCGUUUUAA